AUGCGGGCGCCGCAGGCCGAGGAUGACGUGUGCGCAGUUAUGACGAAGGACGUGCAGCUGGUGACGGGCCAGAGGCUGCUCUUCAACCAGAUGCGCGCCAUUUUCUUGAAGAAGAGCGUGGUGGCGCGGCGCGGCUGGCUGCUGCUGUUGAUCCUCGUGAUCGCGCCUGCUUUCGUUCUGCUCUACACGUACUUCGUGGUGCACAUGUCCACCAGCGUCGAGAUGCUGCCCGAACUCAGCAUGCUCCCCGAGACUUGGAAAAACAAGAAGACAGUGAUAGCAGUUGGAAGUGGUGACAAAUCUAUGGCUAAAAACUAUCGGGAUUUGGCAACUGAUAGCACGUGGACUGUAAUACUUCUAGAUAAUGAAACAUCUCCCUCUGAUGCAUUUGAAAAGCGCAUGCUCGAACAGUACAGUGCCGACAAAGGAGAGGUGCGUGAGGCAUACUACGUUGGAGCUUCGUUUGAGGAGACGCAGAUUACAGGAUGGUUCAACAAUUAUCCAUACCAUAGCGUGCCUUUGGCUUUGAAUAUGUUGUACAAUGCGCAUCUGAAGUCAUCAGGCAUUUCCUUAAACAUCGUGAACCAUCCCCUGCCGUAUACUGCCAAAACACAG